AUGUGGGAUUCAGCAACAUUUUUAGGCGCAUUGACGCCUAAAUUUUAUGUUGCGCUAACCGGCACCUCUUCUCUCAUCUCCGGAUUAAUUCUCAUUUUCGAGUGGUGGUACUUUCGUAAAUAUGGCACAUCGUUCAUUGAGCAGGUGUCGCUGGCGCACCUUGGGCCGUGGCUCGGGGGCGGCGCGAGCGCGGGGGGCGGCGGCGAGGGCGAGGCGGGGGGGGGGGGCGCGGCGGCGGCCGCGGGAGGAGGCGCGGGCGCCGGGGCGGUAGGGGGCGGCGGGGCGGCAGGGGGCGGCGGGGCGGCGGCGGCGGGCGCCGCGCCCGCCGAGUGCAAGGUGUGGCGCAACCCGAUGUCGCUGCUGCGCGGCGCCGAGUACGGGCGGCUGUGGAGCGUCGCGCGCCGCGCGCCCCUCACCUACUACGACAUGAACCUGUCGGCGCAGGAGCACCAGGCGUGGUUCGGCGGCGGCGAGGGCGAGGCGGAGGGGGGGGGCGGGGGCGGGGGGGGCGGCGGGGGCGCGGAGGCGGCCGAGGCGCACAUGGCGCGCGCGUGGCGGGAGCGCGAGCCGGCGGCGCGCGUGGCGGCCGCGCGGGCGGCGCUGGCCGAGAGGCCCGACUGCGCCGCCGCGCUGCUGCUGCUCGCCGAGGAGGACGCGCCCACCGUGCUGGAGGCGGAGCGCGUGCUGCGGCGCGCGUGGCGCGCGGGCGAGGCGGCGUGGCGGGGGCGCGCGGCGGCGGGGCCGGGCGGGGGCGCGGCGGGGGCGAGGCGCGCCGCCGCCGUGCUGGCGCACGUGAAGCGGCGCGCCGCCAUGUGCGCGCGCCGGCUGGGGCGGCUGCGCGACGCGGCGCGCAUGUUCCGCGAGCUGGCGCGCGACGCGCCGCCCGCGCUCUCGGCGCUCGCCACGCACGAGAACCUCAUCGAGGUGCUGCUCGAGCAGCGCGCCUACGCCGACGUGCAGGCGAGUCUCGCGCUCUGCCUCGCACACUCCACGAUUUGUUGGAACGACACAAGACAGGGCUUAUGU